AUGCACACCAACGACCUCCCCUACGAGAUUCUUACGCAGAUCCUGGGAGAGGUUGCCAAAGCCAAUAUACGUGAUGGGCCCACCUAUACUUUUGGCCUGUCCCAAGCACCGCUGCCACUCCAAAAGGCCCCUCUUCAGCGUUAUGUGAGGGGACCUGUACCGCCAGAGCUCCUCAAGUGGGACGCCACGGCUGCACUCCGCUCCGUCUGCUGGAAGUGGCACGAGUGGGCAUUGGAGCAUUCUCUUCGCGACCUGUACAUUCGCCGAUGGAAAGGUGGAGAGAGAUGGGCCGAGCUUUCCAACCGCCGUGAGAGCUAUCCGCUUUACGAACUAAUCGAUCGUCCCACAGGGACAGCCGUCUACCGCGAUCCCUUUGCAUCCCUUAAGCGGACCGUCAGCAUUCACAAAGACUACCCACAGGUGGCUUCGAAGAUUCGACGCAUGUGGGUACACGGCUUCUACACGGCUGAAACGGAUCGCCUCGUGUUUGAGUCUUUGAAGAAUUGCACCAACCUGACUUCUUUGUCUCUUCCAUGGACCACAAUCAGGCAUCUCGAUGCCAAGUCAUGGCGGACCAUCUUGAUGGGUAGCGGAAGGCCCCUGGAGUCUUUGGAGCUCCAAUGCACCGAUCCUACGUCGCAACAAGCCGCGGACAAAGACAACCAAGUCGAUCUCCAACCUCUGCAGUCUGCAAACUUCAGCCAGUUGCGGCGGCUCAAGAUCUUCGGCGAUACCUCCUUUAUGCCCAUCACCGAUAGGGAUCUCUUUGCCAUUGCGCGCACAGCGACCCAACUCGAGGAGUUCCACUUGACCUGCAACUCUUCCAUCACGAUAGAUGGUGUCAUGGCCAUUGUCAAGGCGUCGCGCAAGACGCUCAGGGUACUCGAGCACAGCCCGCGGUCGCAGGAUGGCUUCUGGCACCCUCACCCUGGUUCUCCAAGCGACAGCGAGCAUUUGUGCGAGACAUUCCGCAACUGUCCCAAGCUGGAGACAUUGUCCAUUUCGCUGCCGUCCAUGUGCGCAGACCUUUUCUCAAACGAGAAUGUCAAGUUUGCUGGAGAUCUGCAGGUGCGCGCGCUCCAUCUUUGCGAGCAUGAGCAUGGCCGUUCGACACAGGAAGCCACGGACGCGCUGCAAAAGCUUCUUGAGCAGGCUCGCCAGCUUAUUCAGCGCCGCGCUUCUGGCACCCUGCCCCGUGAGCUGUACAUUGAACUAUUCUUCGCAGGCUGCAUUUUUGAACCUGGUUUCGAGGCUGUCCACGGUGACUUCUCGCUGGCUCAGAUUUCAUCCGACGGUUACUGGCCACAGAAUGCGGCCUUCAGUGGAAAGGGUCCUUACGGCAGCACCGGCUUGUACGAGAAAGAGCAGGAAGGCCCCUUCCAACGCAUCGACGAGGAACAGUUCCUGGCCGGUGUGCGCAACAGGUUGCACUCGAUCCAGACCUAA